AUGGAACAUCUAAUACCAUGUAAAGAUUCGAUUUAUUGCCUUGAUCAAUAUUCACCGCAAAAAUCCUUAAAUCAUAAUCAAACUUAUUCACAUCCGUGUCGUUUUUCUGAAUUAUGUCGAAAUAUUCAUGAUGUGCCUCAUAGUAUACAAUUUACGCAUAAUAAACACGAUGUACCUCAAUGCAAAUGUGAUAUAAAUUGUUCUAACUUGACCGAUCCUGCUCAUCGUUUUUAUUAUCGACAUGCUGGUUUACCGAAUUAUUUAAUUCCUUGUUGGAAUCAACAGCAGUGUCGUAAUUCGACUUCCGAACAUCGAAAAAAAUAUUUUCACGGCGAAAAAAUCAAUACACUGACAGUAAAUCAAAAUAUUCCAAAAGGUAAAAAUGAAUUGGCAAAUAGAGAAGUACAUUAUUCUAUAAUAAUUAUAGGAAUAUCACAGGCAAAAACAAAUUUUGAAUCAAGAAAUCCUCAAAAUCAAUCUCAACAGGAUCAUUUUCAUUCGUCACGGUCUGAUCAUACUGCUCAACAAACAAGAUUUCACGAACAGUCACGUGCAAAGAAGUCCUCAUACGCAUUGAAUGAACAAUCUUCUCAUGUAGGGUCAUUUAAAAAUGAAGAAUCUGAUCGUAAAGGUUUACUGACCACCUUCUAUACAGAGGUAGCAGGUAGUAGUAGUAUUACCGAUGCAAGUGGCUAUGAUCAAUAUCAUAAUCCAAUAGGAAGAAUUUAUAAUUUAGGUCGAGAUCGUGCAUUUAGUGAAUAUAGUAUUUUAAUUGCACAAUUUUAUAUAGAUUCGGAAUUCAAUGAUAUAGCUAUGAAAGUACCAAUUGAUGCAUUAAAAGUUAAAGAAUUUCAGGUGAAACAUGUGAAAACAGAAAAUGAAUGUAUAGCAGAAAUGGCCUCGAAUAGUCAUCAAAUCGUAUGGAUUAAUAGUACAAAUCAAAUACAAAACCCAUUAUUCAUCUCAGCUCUAAUAACAUAUCAUUCGUCUGGAGGAGCUAUUUUCUUAUUUGCUGAUAAUACACCAUACGUGUUUCAUGUAUCUGAAUUUCUCAGCACAAAAUUUGGCAUAACUGUCGAAGGUGAUUACUACGGUGAUAAAACAUUGGUAUACAAAGAAAAUGGCCAUCAACAAACAGGACAUUUUGGUCAACAUGAUAUUUUUACGGGAAUAGAAAAUUUAUAUGAGGGUAUCACCAUCUGUCAUCUCAUCUAUUCAGCACCAGCAAGUCGCACAAAAUUUACCAUAAUAGCAACUGCAACUGAUGGAAAUAGCAGUAUUGUCGUAUAUGAUCCGCCAGCAACAUCGAUAGAAGGACGAUUAUGUUUAGAUUGUGGCUUUACUAAGCUGUAUAGAAAAUGGGAUUCACCAGGCACAGCUCGUUAUAUUGUUAAUGCUAGUUGUUGGCUGCUUGGUAUUGAAAAACGUUUGAAACAGAAGAAAUAA